CAGGUCAUUUAGAUGCGCCAGCGCGUCAUUUGCUGCAACGCAAUCCCAGCCAUCCUAAACUCCCAGUAUUCCCGGCGUCAUGUACCGUUAUUCCUCCAUAUCAGCCGUUUGACCCACUGAACGGAAGUUGAAGAGCUGCUGCUGAUAUUAUGGACGGGAUUCCAAAAUAAACUGAAGUUAAUUUAUUUGAAAAGAAGCGCUGCGCGGUAUGUGUUGCGUCUUUUAUACAUAUAUUGCUUUAUGUGUUAAAAUGGCUCAUUCGUGGUGAUUCGGCAGUGUAUUGUCAAGAGCUGUUGAUGUCAUGCAUCAGUUAUGCACUGACAUAAUUUUAUUUUAGCAAUAGUCUGACUUUUUUCUUUACUAUUCUAAACUCGUGUUGUUAUUCUAAAAUUAGCCAGAAAUAGGAAUCAUAUUGGAAUUUCCAUAACGAAGUGGAUCUUAAUGUUAUUUUUUCCAGCGUGCAUAAAACGAGACCUUUUAAAACACAUUUCCCAGUAGAUCUGAUAAAAUUGCUAAUGGAAUAAAUGCCCUUUUAUGACAUCAAAAUAAAUGUAAAAAAAAAAAUGUAAAUGUAGAAAAAUCUUUCAGAAUUUUCAAAUGCUUAAAGUUCUCUGUUUAGUUUACUUUGAAUGCCUAAUAGCGAGACCGUAUCCCAGUAGUAGAUCUGAUAAAGAUGGUACAGUAUCCAAUCUGACUUAAAAUAAAUAGUAUAAUAGUAAAUAUAAAUGCAUAAAUAAAUACAUACAUACAUACAUACAUUCCUUCAGACUCCUUCAUAAUUUCUGACAAGGUUUUAAACUUAUAACAGUUUUUUUUUUUUUUGGAACGUUUUUUAUAACUUGUUACAUUUACAAUACUAUUUACUAUAUAUUUUAAAAGCCCCUGCUGUAUGACAGAUCAAUUUCUAAAAGUACAAAUAUUCACAUCUAGUCUCUAAAUUAAUAUGAGGUUAUAAAACUGCAUGCAUAAUAAUUUUAAGAAUCAACCAAAUUCUAUUUAAAUUCAUUUUCAUUCAUUCAUAUGGAGUAAAGUAAGGAGCUAAUGCACUGGAGUAUAGCAAGAUGUGUCAGCGUCCCAAAAGUAUUUUUUGUCAAUUCUGAAUCAUUUGUUUGCAUAAAGAGUUUUAAAUUAGUUAUGAGUAAAAUCUUUUUAAACAUAUUGUUUUUAUGUGCUGUUGAAUCAGGAAGUGGAGGUAUGUUUUUCUGUUCAGGUGCGCAGCAUUGGUGGACAGGGGCGUGGAUGUAGCAAUGGUGCUGGAUCUGGGUGAGAACUGCAUGGAGCAGGCUAAUGGAGGAGGGCUCGCAAAGAAUGUCUCAGAAAUGUUAGAACCAGAGCCCAGCGCAGAGAAACCCAAACCAGUCAGAGCCAGGACCAGCAGUAUCACCCAAAGAGACGAAUCGACCCACAAUGGGCCUCACGCACAGCCUUGUACCACUUGGGAUGGCUGCUCCCAGGUUCAACGAAGGCUUCAGAAGACAGAAGGUAGAAAUAAAGGAGAAUCUGUGCAGCCAAGGGAACCUUCCAAACCGCCACCUCGUCGAAGGCCACUUAGUCUGGAAAUAAAACCACAGCGAAUUAGAGCAACGCAGCCAGUGCAGAAGGUGAUACAGCCACCGUGGCGUAGUGGUGUCCCUUCUCCACCCAUGCGAAGCCUGACAAGCCUUAGUUUGGGGCCAGGGAACUGGCUUCGCCGGAGUGAGAGCACAUGCACAAUGAACUCCACGACACCCACACGUGCUGGCAGGGGUCAAAUGAGACCUGCAACCUCCUUGCCACAUAUUGCUAGGGGUAUCACUCCACUUCCUUCGCCAUCGACACCUCGUGGGCCGUGCCUGCUUGUGGCUCUUCGUCCUGUAAACCUGGGACAGGAGCGUCAGACCUUUUUUCAGUCUAACUAUCAGUAUGAGCCUCAGUUUGAGUAUGCCUCCCCAGAGCCUGUCAGUGUUUUGGAGAAGUACAGAGAGGGAUCCAGUCUCUUUCUUUCCCAGGCAGUUGGGAUUAUGGAGUGUGUGCUGAAAAAGUAUGAGACCUAUGAAAACUUCGAAGAAGUCACAGGGGGCAGCUUGCUACCGAAGAGUCAAGUGUGGGCAGCCACACGCAAGUACCUACAGAAGGAGGGCUGUGUCGGUGAGGUGGUUGUAAGUCUCUCUGAUGAGCUUCUGUCCCAGGCAGUAAUGAUGGUGGAGAGAUGUCGACCAACACUAACUAUUAACUUGUCAGGAGCACGGCAACACUGGCUUGAGGGCAUGCUUAGACACGAGAUUGGCACACAUUACUUACGGGGUGUGAAUAACAGCAUGCAGCCAUGGGCCACUUCUGUUGGGAGAAAGCAGUUUGGACUGAAACCAGCUAAUCCUACUGAAGAGGGGCUUGCUAGUCUUCACAGUGUGUUGCUACGGAAACAGCCCUUCCUGUGGCGAGCCGCUCUGCUAUACUAUACUGUAUACCAUGCCACAAACAUGAGCUUCAGCCAACUGUUCAGCCAUAUUGCUCGCUUUGUCCAAGAUCCUGCUGUACGCUGGGAAUACUGCCUCCGCGCCAAACGAGGACAGACAGAUACCUCGAAACCAGGUUGCUUCAGUAAAGAUCAGGUCUACCUUGAUGGAAUUUUAAGGAUUUUACGCCACAGGAGGAACAUUGAUUUUAAAAUAUUAACCGCUCUUGGCAAGGUUUCCUAUGAAGAUGUGGACAGACUUCGGCAUUUGGCUGUUCUCAAUGGAACUAGGAUUCCUCACUUCAUGCAGGAUGAAGAACGUUAUCUUCAACACCUCGACCACAUUGUCACAGUGAAUGAACUGAGCGAUGCAGAGCUUCAAGAGCUCAUUCCAUGAAGAGUUGCAAAAAAGUAUCAAAACCAUUCAAUUUUCCCAGGCCAAAAAAACUGUCUGCAAAACUGGGUUUUACAAACAUCUGAUUGAUAUAAUUUUGGAUGGUUUUUCAUGAAAACGUGAUCCAUGAUGGCCAUCCAUAAAAAGUAUUACAAGCAGCAUGGUUGUGUCCAGUGAUUGAUGUGGUAAUUUGCUACAUUAAGUGCCAUAUUACUCAGCAAGUAUGUUUACAAAUACAAUGAUUGUCUGUUUUAAAACCAUAUGACUCUCAGGCAUGAAAGACAUGUUUGGAUUCUUGCAAACCCAAGGUAUGUUCGGAAUGGCAUCCUACCAUACUCAUACCAUUUUCUGCAGAUUUUUUGAAUACAUGAAUGGUGAAGUACAUUAUGCCAAAGUGUGCAGUACUAUAAUGCAGUGGGCUUGACUUGACCUUGUGUUUCCAGUGUUAUGACUGAACCAAAAAGCGGUGUCAACCGUCAUUUCUCUCUCGAUUGGUCAGACUGAACAAAAUAAGAAAAGCAAAAUAGUUGUAAUUAUUUUAGAGUUGAUAGUUAGAUGCCGUAUGGAUUUUAACAUGCAUCGUAGAUGACAGAAAAUUGCUUUUCAUACGGUUUUUAAUAAACUACAUUGUAUGCAGUACAGUAGUAUUCCAUUCCGAACACCACCAUAUUCAUGAAAGCUGAAAGAUGGUCAUGUAGCAUUUUAACUGCAUUCGUAAUGUAAUGGACACAUCCCAUCAUGCUAAUUAAUAUCACACGCAAACCAGAACUAUGUGAGCACUAAAUCAAAUGAAUUACCCUGACAGUAUUUAUAUGAGGUUUCACACGUGAAUCUAUGAACACUUCUUCUACUAGUCUUUCAGUUUCUCUAUUAUUUAUUUAUUUACCUCUUGUAUUCACGUUAAACACUGAAUGUCUGUGGUAUUAGCUUUAUACACAAGUAGCAAAUGCAUUUUUUUUUCUUUUACUUAGUAUAGCAAGCAAUGCAAAAAGACACCAAGGCUGACUCAGUUCAAAUGUGACUCAGUGAAAUGUUCAUUGAGAAUCUUUGAUGAAAAAGAAAAUUACAUUAAUGAAAAAAUUGCCCUCUUUGGCACUAUUUUUUCCUUAUCAGGGCUUAUGAAAUACUAGUACUCUAUCUAGAGAUAAUCAGUGUUCUUCUGAGAGCACCCUUGGUGGUCUUUAUUACCUGUGCUAAUGUGAUGUGACACCUUUGUAGGAGAGUUGCCACUGCAACCUCUGCUUUUUGUACCUGUUUAAAGCAGUCCAGCUGGCCAGCUUCCUCACUGUGCAUAUUAAGAUUGUGAUGGACUCAGGAAGAAAAAAAUGGGAGGUCAUGUGGAUGUGCCUUAUAUGGGUUCCAAACUCAUGCGUCAUGUCAUAGCUACAUGGUAUAUGCUUGAAAUUACAUAUCCAUUUGUAUUUAUUAUCAUCGUCAGUACUGCACGAAAAUUGCACACUUCACGAUAAGUUGCUGUUAUCUUAUUAAAAUUGUACACUGCAGUCCCUAAAAUCAUUGUCCGAGUGCUGAAUUUCAAAGACUAAAUAUGUUGUGAAGCACAUCAUAAUUAAAGAAACAGUUCACCUAAAAAUGAAUAUU